AUGUACACCAUGAGUCUCGCAUUUCUUAUUAUUGGCUUCAGUGCAGUGCAAGCGGUAAGUUUUCCCGGGGUUUUUGGGUCAAAUUACCUGCCUCUAGGCCCACAUCAUCAAUAUUUUUGUAUAUAGGGUUUAAAAAAUUUUUUUAUUUUUUUUUAUUUUUUUUUUAAACAAAAAAAAUAUAAAAAAAUCCAAAAUUACUAUUUUUUAUCUAAAAAAAAAUCGCUAAAAAUUCCAAAAAAAAAUAAAAUAAAAUACAUUUCUUGACAUUUUUCCAAGAAAAAAUCAGUUUUUUCUCGGCAUUUCCACUCAAUCAAAAAAUUUUUUACACCUAAAAAAGUAAUAAUAAAAACUAAUAAUAAGAAAAAUUCCAGUCCCUAACAGAGGAUGCCUGCGAAACGGUCGCGGAGUGGCGACAACCCACCGAAGCCUACACCCCAUCAGACGAGCUGGUCGAGGUGGUGCAGGACGUCGGGCCUCAGGUCUUCUACACAGUUCGAUGCAACGAAACGCAGGAGACAAGGCCUUGUGCAGGCAUUCAAAAUGGGUAAGAAUUCAAAACUUUUUAAUUUUUUUUUGAAUAUUCAAAAUUUUCAACAAAUUUACAUUUUUUGAGCUUCUUAGGACACUUCCAACUUUUUUGGACGUCUAAAUACAAUGAUAGCUCAAAGUAAGCAAGAAAAAUAGUUUUUUUCGACAUUACCUUUGUAUUAUAUAACUAUCAGUCUGUCGGGAAAAUAAUGUGGAUUUGACGCAGAAAAAUGUCUCGCCUCGUCACGGUCGCACAUCAAAUCUCCAGCUGCGGCUAUACGUCGCAAAACGGUGAUGGGGGAUUCUACGACGAAUCCACAUUAUUUUCCCGACAGACUGAUACAUUAUUUGCUUAUUUUUUACUGCAUAAAAAUUUCAUUCUCUUCUCCAUAGAGCACAUUAUACUUCCUAAUUUUUUUUUUUUUUUUGAAAAUGGGGUUCUAAAUUCGCCUAAAACUUCAUAAAACGCAAUAAGCCAUCAUUGAUAUACCUAUGAUAUCAACUAUAGUAGAUUUUGCCCACCUCCUUUCUUAUCCCCACCAAAUUUUAACUCUCGAAUUUUCAGGCUUGAAUCGCACUGCGAGACGCGUUUCAACCUGGUGAUGGCGCUGACGUACGUGAAGCAGGCGGGCGCCAAGCGCUCGCACCUGAACGACAUCAUCCGCGACGCGAAAAUCGAGCGGCCCACCAAGUGGCAGAUGAUCAAGAUCCCCGGCCAGUGCGUGUGCACGGGCCUGCGGGCGGUGCGACGGCGUCAGACCCGCCUCUUCGACGCGCUGCUCCUCUAG